ACUAGCAUGAGUAGCUCGCUAAAGAUAAUUAACCUGAAGUAAAACAGAAAGUUAUAUAGAAUUAAAUUAUAGAAUUGUUCGAUAACGAAUUUGUAGUGAAGAAAUAUGUUUAAAAACAAAACAGCUUGGUUUUCAGAUAGUGUAAAAACAGACAUUAGAUGUUUUUGGGUUUCUCAGGACGGCGUUAUAACCGACUGGAAAUCAGCUGAUUACCUUUUUAGUGAGGACGCUUCAUGUCCUGACACUAACAGGAUCCACGUGAGUGUCGAGUAUGUGACGGAUAGAGCCACGGUAUUUCACAGUGCCUACCUGUCCACCUGUCAGAUGCGGCAGAGCACCAAAUCUGUACCGCUCGGGCAUUAUCUACUGCCUCCUGUUUCUGUACAGAGAGAAGUGAAAGCCCAGAUUGGAAGGUUCAUAUGGGAGCAGGAUGAGAUGCUCGGUGUGACCGCACCGCACGGAAGCAGAAGAUCCGAGCAGGUUACGUACAUUCAAACGGAUGCUAAAGGAAGUCAGACAGAGAAAGGAAAGAAAAGGCAGGAGAACCGCACAAACACAUCUCCAUCAAGACACGAAUCAGUUUGUUGUAAAGCACAACUUUAUCCUGUAAACAACAUGCUUUCAGGUUAUGUCCAUAUUGACCAGCUAAAGAAGUUCUCAGGAGAGCUGCAUGACUUCCUUCCGUCCCGCUCGGGUUAUUCGGUGUCUAGACCUCACAGCAGGAGAGUUCCUUAUCGCUAUAAAGAGGGACACUGACAAGAUAUUUUAACUUAUUUUAAAAGAUUGACAGACUAGAAUUAGAGCUUUUAUUUCCAGACAAUAAAGAGACAGUAAAUAAGUAUUUAUCUUGACGUUACAGUAUAAUAUUUUCUAAUCUACACAAUAUACGACUGAAUAAAG